CUCAACUUCUUGUUCCUAAGCCAACACCUACCGAGAAUAAAAUCAAAUCAGGUCUUCCUUAUUAACCUGGAUUUUUUUCUUUCUUUUUUAUUUAUUUUUCCUUUGAAAUCAAUUCAUAAAUGUCGACGCAACAUGGCCGAAAGUGACGACGAACAAAUAACCCUCUCAUCCCACGCUCUCGAAGCGCUGCAGGAGUUCUACGGAGAGCGCGAUGCACACGUCGAUAAGUUUGAGAAACUAAAGGCUGUGGCUGAGGACGAACGUGCUAUCUCGCAGCCGCUUUCUAUGGAUGCGUUUACUGAGGACUGGAAUAAGUCGCAGUUUUGGUACUCGGAUGAAACGGCUAUUCUGUAUGCGAAGCAGCUUCUAGAUGGCAUACGCGAGGACGAGGUUGUUGCUGUGGUGUCGGUGCCCAGUGUGUUUAUUGCGCUGAAGAAUCUGUUGAACGCAGCAGACGCCAACACCCCCAAACCAAAGAAAGUCAUCCUCCUCGAGUACGACCAGCGGUUCUCCGUCUUCCCAGAGUUCAUAUUCUACGACUUCCUGCACCCUAUCAAGCUUCCCGCGGAACUAAAAGGCGGCGUCGAUCGCAUCAUAUGCGACCCCCCUUUUCUCAGCGAGGACUGCCAGACCAAAAUGGCUCUAACCAUCCGCUGGAUGUCCCGGUCAAUCCCGCGGCUCAUAAUCACCACGGGCGAGCGCAUGGAGACGCUAGUGACGAAGCUAUACCGGUCCCUCGGCGCGCAGACCACGACGUACGAGCCGGUGCAUACGCGCGGCCUUAGUAACGAGUUCUACUGCUAUGCUAACUUUGAGUGUGACGCUUGGAGCUUUAAGGGCGAGAAGGGGGCGAAGUGAAGACAGGCAUGAGAGAUUGAUUGAUACUUAAAAAUGUAGUUAGUUUAACCAACUACUUUUGUCUAUUCACCAAUGUUCCCUCUCAUCCUUAUAUUUUUCUUGGAGAAGCGCGUAAAUACUACCUAGUUUGAGCGACAUGCGUACUUCACAACUAAGCUUCUCUGACAAUAUAGCUAUAUGAUAAUCAUAUCGUUCACAAAUACCAUCACUUUCGGGUUCCCUCGGUGACCCGAGUGUCUCGCUCACAACGUCAUGUUUUGUAGAAAGUCUAGGGUAAGAGCUUGGGGGUAAAGAGAUGGAAAAGAUGAGAUAUAGACUAAGUCCGAAUAUAAACCCAAGGGAAACACCAGGGCCACCAUAGAGUGAGAGAACCGUCGGGCGAAACUAUUCAAUAGACACAAUUCAACUUUUACGAUAUUGCCUC